AAAAAAACAAUAAUUUUUGAAAUUGAAAAUGAUACCGCUUCACUCGUUAUGGAAUCGCUCAGCUUUACGUAAUUUGGCAAAGUUGCCCAUUCUGCCUGCUCUACGCAUGAAGUCAAAAAAAAGUGGAAAGUGCGAUGGAGCUAAGAUCCAAAAACCGAAACCGUCUCCCUGCGGUGAUCCGGAAAAUAUGCUAAGGAAAAAACCGAAGGUAAACGAAAAAAAGCAGCCCAAGGAACCAUCCAUAUGGCUAAAUCCAUUUUGUGACGAGGACGAGCCACACUGUCCAUUCAAUCCACGUUUCGAUGAUAUAUACUACGUUGAGUCUGAUAAGGCUAAUCGCAAGUAUUGGCAAACCUGGGUCGCGUGCCCGCCCAUUGCGAUAAAGCCGAAGAAGAUAUGCUGCUUCAAGGACGUCAAGGCGGCUCCACUGCGUCGUCGCACCACCCCCAAGCCGAAGACCGCAUGCCCACAGCCCGUCACCUGCGAUAAAAUCCCCCUGGACUGCCCACGCUUCAAGCGUCGUUGCCACAGAGCCGGUCGCAUUCCACCAAGUUGCGUGGUACUCAGGCGUCCUCUCAACUGCUCCAAGCCAUUGACGCCAUAUCCGGCUUUCUCCGAGUGCAAACGGAUCAAACCCGGUGCACUGCCGCUGAGCGAGUGUAUUUGUUGGCAGAAGCCGAUGCUCUGCGAGGCAUGGGCCGAGUGGAGGCGUCGCAGCAUGAGGAAGACGGCCAGAUAGAGGGCGAGCUUCCAUACUGCAAGCUAGGUAAACCAAAUGGUCAUAUUGAAUUGUGUAAAUAGCUAAUAGUUAAGAUUUGUGACAAUUUCCCGGUACGACGCGCACAGCAACCCAUUAU